AUGGAACCACAGAAUCAUACACAUUCCUCAGAAUUCUUCCUCCUGAGCCUCUCAGAUGAUCCAGACCUACAACCCCUUCUCUUUGGGCUCCUCCUGUCCAUGUACCUAGUGACCCUGCUUGGGAACCUGCUCAUCAUCCUGACUGUCAGCUCUGAUUCCCACCUCCACACACCCAUGUACUUCUUCCUUUCCAAUUUGUCCUUGGCCGACAUCAGUAUCAGCACCACCACUGUCCCCAAGAUGCUAGUGAACCUCCAGACACACAGCAAAUCCAUCAUCUAUGCAGGCUGCCUAACACAAGUGAUGCUUUUUCCUCUUUUUGCCUGUUUGGAGAGUCUACUUCUGACAGUCAUGGCCUAUGACCGGUUGGUAGCCAUUUGUCACCCCCUACACUACCUGGUUAUCAUGAACCCUCGCCUCUGUGGCUUGCUGGUCCUGGUAUCAUUUUCCGUCAGCCUUUUGGACUCCCAGUUGCACUACCUGAUGAUGUCACAGCUCACCUUCUGUGCAGAUGUGGAAAUCCCUCAUUUCUUUUGUGAACUUUCUCAGCUCCUCAAACUUGCCUGUUCAGACAUCUCCAUCAAUAUUAUAUUAAUGUACUUCAGUGGUGCCAUCUUGGCUGGAAUUCCACUCUCAGGGAUCCUUUACUCUUAUAUUAGAAUUCUUUCCUCCAUUCUGAGAGUCUCAUCAUCAGGUGGAAGGUACAAAGCCUUCUCCACCUGUGGCUCUCACCUGUCCGUUGUUUGCUUGUUUUUUGGAACAGGCCUUGGUGUGUACCUCAGCUCAGCUGUCUCAUCUUCCUCCAGGAAAGGGGCAGUGGUCUCCAUGAUGUACACUGUGGUCAUACCUAUGCUGAAUCCCUUCAUCUACAGCCUAAGGAACAGGGACAUCAAGCACGCCCUAUGGAGGAUUAUCACCAGAGUAGGGUAA